AUGGCGUCUCGGCCGAGCUCAGAUAUGGCAGCAUUCCGCGAGGAGUUCGCUAAAUCAAAACAUGUCGUAAUAUUGACCGGUGCUGGCGUCAGUGCCGAGAGUGGUAUCCCAACAUUCCGUGGGGCUGGGGGCUACUGGAGGAGGUGGCGAGCUCAAGAUUUGGCGACCCCCGAAGCAUUCUCUGCUAACCCUUCACUCGUAUGGGAGUUUUACAGCUACAGGCGAGAAGUAGUGUUAUCGAAGCAGCCAAAUAAGGCCCACUAUGCGAUCGCCGAGUGUCAGAAACGACUAGCAAACCAAGGUCGCCGAGUGUCUGUCAUCACACAGAAUAUCGACCAACUUCAUCAAGCCGCGGGUGCUGUCGAUGUCACGGAGUUGCAUGGUUCACUGUUUAAGGUUCGUUGUUUAAAAUGCGGUACUGUGAGAGUCGACAGAAACAGUCCCAUCGUGCCUGCCUUAGCUGGUAAAGGAGCGCCGGACCCGGAAGCCGAAGAAGCAAGGAUUCCCGAAAAAGACCUUCCUCGCUGUCAUCAAGUAGGGUGCGAUUCUCUUGCGAGACCGCAUGUAGUUUGGUUUGGAGAAGGUUUAGAUGGGGGCGUGAUAAGACAUGCUGAGAGUGAAUUAGAAGAGUGUGAUCUAUGCUUGGUUGUAGGGACGUCGUCAGUUGUGUACCCAGCAGCCAUGUUCGCGCCAUCAGUUGCAAGUCGGGGUGUCACCGUCGCCGAGUUCAAUAUGGAAGAAACCUCCGCAACAGAAAAAUUCGGUUAUCACUUCUCUGGUCCGGCGGGGGAAACUGUCCCAUUAGCACUGGCACCACACACAACCGAAGAUGGGAAAUGAUAGAAAGUGAGCGACCCGCUCAGCCAGCAAUCUGAUUCUUUGCGGAAAAAAACGUGACUUUUUGAUAUCCAGCAUAUACAGAUUAAUAAAUGUGUUGCAAUUUAGGUAAUGCAUGUGUAUAUUGUUACGUUUGUAACGUGCAUGUAAUCUCUCGAGAUGUUCUACAUUUAAAUAGCUCAAACAAAUCUUUUUGUUAUGCAAGAGAUUUGACCCAAAUUCAUCAAUGGGUACCUGAAAUAUUGUUGCAUAUAUUGUUUUCCGAUUGACACAUAUAUUACAGGCAUGUUACAAACUGGAGUCAGUUGUGUGAUCGCCUCAUUUAAUAGACUGUCCAUGAUGUAUUCAUCUUUUCAUUAUUAAUUCCGACUGUCACUGUUCAGUAUUUUCAAGUCAGAGAUAUGCUUAUUGCUUCGGGAACUCCACUCGAGUCGGCCUAUCCAAAGAAUAAGAUGACUUGCAUCCAGGGCCCAUGUUGUUCACUGUGUACACAACGUUAAAACAAAAUCUGUCCCCACAAGACUCUCGGAAUGGCAAAUAUAUGUGAAAUUAUGAUGCAUUUUUUGGUGGUGUAUAGCUAUCUUCAAUCAUGCAGAAAAUGCAUGUGGACUUUGAACUUGAUCGAUCAAAAUAUGUGCGAGUAACAAAGACGCAAAAGUUAAUCUACAAAUUCAAGUUUUCGUACGGGUACGAAUAAUGUUCAGGGCUUGACACAUGACAUAAUCGAUCACGUGUCCAAAUGACUGGCAAAUGGAAAUUAGCAGUUCUUACUGAACCUCGGAUAAUAAAUUUAGGUAAACGGUGAAAACUUUAUCGGGGCCGGGCGAGGUGUCAAAUACAUUGACAUCUUGAGGGGGCUAAGCCUCUCUCUGAAGGCCACUCACUGUUUGCGCCGUGCGUGACAAUUGUGCACGAUAUCCAUCACGUGACCGAUAUCAACAAAAAGAUGGCUAUUCGAUUCUUACUUUUCACAUCGCAUGUCACGUGACAAUGGGCUUUCUUUCAUACAUCUGUGUAGUCUGGGCAGAUGAUAUUGUGAACAAUAAAAAAAAUAU